AUGGCUUCCCGCAGGUCAAGGUCGCCAUCGACUCCCUCAGAGGGUGAGAUAGUCGAGUCAGGAUCAGAGACGAAGGCAACUACGUCGCAAACUUCCAUGAAUGACACGAAUAUUAACCGUCGUCCCAGACUCAGUCCAUCGUUCUCUCCCAGAUCACCUCCAUCGGGGGCACGGUCGCCCUAUCGUCGCGGCGAGAAACGACCGCGGUAUGACUAUGAUGACGACUGGAGCUACUCGCACGGCUCCCACCGAUACGAGUCAAGAUCCGAUCACGGUCGCAGAUAUGAGCCCCGACGUCAUAGAACGUACCAUGACUACGACCGAGAUGAUAGCUACAGCGGUUCGCUCCGUUAUACGGACGACUAUGACCGUCGUGACAAGCGGCAGAGAACGCGAAGCCGAUCUCCUUUCCAUGACGUGAGGAAACCAAAGAAAUACGAUGAUACUGAUGGGAAUGAGUCUCGGAAAGUGGCUUUCAUAGAACAGUCAGUGAGCGAACGGGGAUCUCCCAUGGUGGUCGCUCAAGAUGUUAAACCACAGGCUGAACGAGAGCGCCAGGUGCAUGAGUCUAGCACAGACACUUCCCCCAGUUUGUUGAAUGGGUCAAAUGUAGAUGCCGACAUAAGUGAAGCGCUCGAAAAACCUUUAGAUGAAGCGGCGCGGCUUGAAGCUCGUCGAAAACGGCGUGAAGCCAUCAAGGCCAAGUAUCGAGGCCAGGACUCGCUGCGCAUACAAGCGUUACAUCAAGGGACUACUUCGGAGCAAACUGCCGUCACACCAAUAAGUUCAACAGAAACGCCAAAGUCUCCUGCUGUAGAAAUAUCAAUCGAGACCCCUGAAGCUGAUUUUACAAUUGCAAAAGAUGAGGAUCUUGCUAAUGGAAGUCAGCCUAUGGAAGGCGUCGAAAAAGAUGGCCCAUCGGCAGCCGACUAUGAUCCCACUCAGGAUAUGCGGGAGGAGCGACAAAGACACGAACAGAGACAUGAUGAAAUACCGGCAACUGCUUAUGAUGAGACCAAGACAACUAAACAAGCCGUUAUUAUCCCUGAGGCUCAACCGAAAGCUCCAGCCACAGAUACAUUCGAUAUGUUUGCCGAGGAAGAUGAUGACGACGAUAUGUUUGCGCCAGAGCCCGAGGAGCAGCCACAACAAGCCGGUGCUAAAGCGGUCUCAAAAGCACAAGAGCUUGACAUGACGAUGUUAGACAACUGGGAUGAUCCCGAGGGGUACUAUAAUGUGAGACUGGGUGAGUUGAUUAACGGACGUUACCAUAUUCACCAGAAUCUGGGUAAAGGAAUGUUUUCAUCUGUUGUGCGGGCUACGGAUUCCAAGACGGGCAAAUACGUUGCAAUCAAGAUUAUCCGACGCAAUGACACAAUGCGAAAGGCCGGCUUGAAAGAAAUCCAGAUCCUUGAGCAGUUACUUGCGGCUGAUCCGGAGGACAAAAAGCACGUGAUUCGUUUUGAGCGGUCUUUUGAGCAUAAAGGACAUCUUUGCAUGGUGUUCGAGAAUCUCAGCAUGAAUCUGCGCGAGGUACUGAAGAAAUUUGGUCGGGAUGUUGGGUUGAAUUUACGAGCCAUCCGUGCGUAUGCGCAGCAGAUGUUUCUCGGGUUGAGUCUGCUCCGUAAGUGUAACAUAUUGCAUGCAGACCUGAAGCCGGAUAACCUGCUGGUCAACGAGGGGCGAAGCAUUCUGAAGAUUUGCGAUUUGGGGUCGGCAUCAUCCGCUUCAGAUAAUGAGAUCACUCCGUACCUAGUCAGUCGGUUUUACCGUGCUCCUGAAAUUAUUCUCGGCAUUCCGUACGACUACGCGAUUGACAUCUGGUCUAUUGGCUGCACGCUCUACGAGCUAUAUACGGGGAAGAUUCUAUUUACGGGACGCAACAACAAUCAAAUGCUGCGGUCAAUCAUGGAAUGCCGGGGUAAAUUACCUCCGAAAUUCCUCCGAAAGGGCACAUUGACGCAUGAGCAUUUCGACAACAUGCUCAAUUUCCACAGCACAGAAGAGGACAAACUGACAGGUCGAGUGGUGACCAAAAUGGUGGAUUUCAAAAAGCCAACGCGGGACCUCAAAUCAAGGUUGAUGGGGACCGGGAACAAGCCUAUCUCCAGGGGCAUGGCGGAAAGCGAGAUGAAAGAGUUGGGGCAAUUUGUAGAUUUGCUCGACCGGUGUCUGAACGUGAACCCAGAGAAGAGGUGUACAGCGCUGGAAGCGCUGAAGCACCCCUUCAUUUCACGGAGGUAA